GGUAGCAUCCUGACCCUUCACCGGCGCCCUCUGCAGCCAUGGAGCUUGGCUCCUGCUUCAAGAACUACGAGGACUUCCGGGAGUGCUUCAGCACCUACAAGAAGGAGAACCGGCUCCAGUACGGCUUGAGGAGCUGCGUCUCCAUCCGGUUCCACAACCGCAAGAACGGGACCAACAUCCGCGAGGACGUUACGUUUAUGCAGGUGAAGUUUGGCUGCGCCCGAUCGAGAGACUCCAGCAGGAAGAGGAGGCAGCAAUCUAGCUUAUGCCCGGCGUAUUUCGUCCUGCAAUACAACGAGGAAAUAGACCGGCUGGUGAUCAGCGAGCUGAAUGGCAACCACAUCCACACGGAGUCCAAGGCUUCCUUGAUCAGCUCCAAUGCCCCACCUGGGACCAGGAUGGCGACGAAGCUGCCUGGCCCCCCCAAAGCUCGCGGCAGCCCCCCAGCUAAGCUGCGCAGGGAGGAGCCUGCAGAGGUCGAAGCCUGUGAAAGGGACAGUGACGUGAGCGUGGAGGUCGAAGUGGACUCUGACGAACCUCCGCUGCUCCCGCCUUCCCCUCGCAAGGAAGCCGAGGUUCCUCAGGCAGGGGAAGAUGGCUCCUCCAACUCUGCUUUCCUCCGAGUCGCGGAAGUGAUGAAAAACUUCCUGCGGGUGGACCUGGGCUCCUUGGCCUCCGUCAGCGCUGGCAGCGACCAGGACCUGGAGAGGCUGAACUUCCAGACCAGCAAGAUGAGGAGCCUCUUUGUCAAGUUCCCCGAGAGCCUUCUGCUACACCGGGUCCAGAGCAAGAAGGGCCACAUCCUGUACGCAUUCCUCGUGGAGAGCAAGGAGAGGGUGGGGAAGUUGGUCCACCUUGCCAUCUUGAAGGAGGACACGCAGGAGAACACGAGGAAGAUGUUCUCCGUCUUCCAGGAGUUCAACCCCGAGUGGCAGAAGGUCAAGGUGGUCUUCAUGGACAUGUCCUUCCUCCACCGGGCCAGUCUGCAGGAGCUCUUCCCUUCGGCACAGGUCCUCCUCUCCGUCUACCACACUGUGCAGCUCCUGGAGAAGAAGCUGAAGGAGUCCCACGCUUCUUUCUCCUUCAAGCACAACUUCAAGCUGGCCCUGAGGGAAGCCGUCUUCUCCACUUCCACCUCGAACCUGGACGCGUUGUCCCAGCAGGUGAGGCAGCUGGUGGACCAGGACUUGUACAAGUACCUGCGGACUAACUGGUUCUCCUGCGAGAUGCUCUGGUACAUGCAUGCCAAAAAGGGCCUCCAUUCCUGCAGCACCUACAUCGACAGCUUGGACUUUGUCACUCAAAAGCUGUCCCACCUUUUCGGCACCCAGCUGUCGCUGGAGACCAGCAUCCUUCGCUUCGUGGAGUACGCCGACUGCUCCAACACCAAAGGCCUGGAGAACCUGACCCAGGGCCCCUCAAGCCUGGAGGAGGACAGCCGCAGCGGCCUUAUGCAGGAGCUGAAAGUCCUGGCCCGGCCCGCUGUGAAACGCAGCUCCAGUACCGCCUCACAGCGGCAGCCAUUGCCCAGGAACGCAGCAGAGGAGCCUCCAAAGCAGUUCACCAAAUACAGCCCAGCCAAGCCUGUUGCCACCAUGCUGGCGGCCCUGCAGGACAGCUGCACAGACGUCGCCUACCAGCUGUGCCUGAACGAGUGGGACGUGGUGCAGAAGUCCGUCCAGCUCCUCACCUGCGCCAGGUACAAGACCACGGUGCAGCUGCUGGAGGACACCCACCAGGUCAGCAGGGACGGCAAGAGCUGCAACUGCUACUUCCAUUGCCGCUACCAACUGCCCUGCCGCCACAUCCUGUCCAUGCUGCUGGCCAACCGGGAGGUGGUGGGGGAAGCCAUGGUGGCCAAGCGCUGGCGGAAGGAAUACCAGCACCUUUCUGCCUUGGGGGAGAACCUUCUAGAGUUUACAGAGCACUCUGUGGGCCCGCUGGGGGCAGUGGGGGCGGCCUCAGGGGAGCGGGGGGACAAAAUCCAGUCUCUCAGCCAGGAACUUGGGAACCUCUUGCUGCAGAGCGAGGGGGAGGAGCUGGAGGAGCGCACCUCCACCCUCAAGAUGAUUGUGAACAUCUGGACUAAGUGUUGCGAGCUGCAGGGUGGGGAGGUGCCGGGGAAGAAGCCCCUCAACGUCCGGAACGUAGGGGACCUCCCCUUCCUCUGGGUGAAAAAGGAAGAGAUGGAAGAAGUGGAGGCGACUUCAGGAACGUCAGGCCCAGCUGUUGAAGACGUCCAGACUUCCCUGGCUUGAAAUCCACGCCAGCGUGGAGACGGGAGCAGCUGGAGGCGGCCUUGAUUGUGCUCCAAGCCCACU